CGAAAUUUGUAUUCUAGUGUCAAAUUAACUGUAAACAAUAAAAACAGCUGGUAAUUUUAUCGCAAAAGAAUUAAUUAUUUCUCCGUUGCUAAGUGGUUUGCAAUAAUUAUUAAACAUUGCUCAACUACCAACAAAGACAGCAAGACUGUUGACACAGUUAUUAUUAUUUUUAAUUUAGACAAAUCACACUAUGGAGUAUACAAAUAAGAACUUUCCGCCGUUGAAGAACGACAGAUUGUUAAAAGCGGCAUGUGGCAUAGAAGUCGAUAAAGUACCGGUAUGGGUUAUGCGGCAAGCCGGACGAUAUUUGCCAGAAUUUCAAGCAGUUCGAGCACAACACGACUUCUUUACAGUAUGCCGGACUCCUGAACUAGCUUGUGAAGUAACUCUACAGCCUUUGCGGCGCUAUGAACACUUGGACGCAUCCAUCAUAUUUAGCGACAUCCUCGUCAUACCACAGGCUCUAGGCAUGACUGUAGAGAUGCACCCAGGAGUGGGUCCUGUGUUUCCUGAACCUCUGAAAGAUAUAUCUGAGAUAGAUAACCUUAAAGAAGAUGGUGCAGUAUCAAGACUGACAUAUGUAGGUGAUGCUAUAACCCUUACAAGACACAAAAUUGAAGGAAAAGUACCAUUAAUAGGUUUCACGGGAGCACCAUUUACUUUAAUGGGAUAUAUGAUAGAAGGUGGAGGCAGCAAGACAAUGUCUAAAACAAAGGACUGGUUAGAGAAAUAUCCAAAAGAUGUUCACCGGCUACUUAGUCUAUUGACCAGAGUUAUUAUUGAUUACUUGGUGAUGCAGGUUGAAAGUGGAGCUCAAUUAUUGCAAGUUUUUGAGUCAAGCGCAGAUCAUCUUUCAAGAGAACAGUUUAUUGAAUUUUCUGUACCAUAUCUGAAAGAUAUAAGAAAUGGAAUAAAAGCAAAACUUGAAGAAAAACAAUUAGAUCAAGUGCCUAUGACUAUUUUCGCAAAAGGAGGGGGUCAUUCCCUAGACAUACAAGCAGAAAUGGGUUAUGAAACCAUUGGACUUGACUGGACAGUAGACCCUGUUGAAGCUAGAAAAAUUGUUGGUAAUAAUAUCACAUUACAGGGCAAUCUUGACCCACAAGACCUUUAUAAGACUCCAGAAGAAAUAAAAAAGUUAACCAUAGACAUGGUCCAAAAGUUUGGUAAACAUCGGUACAUUGCAAAUUUAGGUCAUGGAAUAACACCACAGACUCCACUAGAAAGUAUGACUGUAUUUACAGAAUCUGUUCACGAAGUUGUUUAAGUUUUCAUAUACAUACAUACAAUAUUAUGAUAAGUUUGUUUUUAUUUGUGGUUAUGGAAAGAAUAUUGUUUGUUUGAUAUUUUUAUUUGACUAUAUACUUAUCAUUAUGUGGUUACAGUUAAAUAAAUGGUUACAUUGUAUAAGUAGA